UCCUCCUCUCCUCCUCUCCUCCUCUCCUCUCCUCCUCUCCUCCUCUCCUCACCGCUUCACCUCCUCACCGCUUCACCUCCUCACCUCCUCACCGCCUCACCUCCUCACACGGAACAUUCAGCAGGUGACGGGACCGUCAUGAGGAACCUUCUCUGACGGAGGAGAGGAAAUGAGGAGAGACUAGAGAAGGAGCUGAAGGACACAAGAGGAGAGAGGACGAUGGUUCCCCCUGCGCUGGUCCUGCUCCUCCUGUGGGUCUCUGGACCCGGCGCCUCGGGCCAGGAGAUGGAGGCCAGCGACGACCUCCUGGAGAGGGAGUUCCUCUACGCGCCGCAGAGGCCCCCGUCGGCCCGAUGCUCGUACACCUUCAUCGUCCCCCAGCAGAGGACCGGCGGGGCCAUCUGCGUCAACGCUCUGCUGGAGAACCGGGUCAACAAGCAGGAGCUGGCGCUGCUGCACGGCGAGCUGCAGGAGCAGCGGCGGCGGCUGGAGGCGCUGCAGCGGGCGGUGGAGCUGGACGGCGGCGUGGUCAACGAGGUCAAGCUGCUGCGCAAAGAGAGCCGCAACACGAACGCUCGGGUGACGCAGCUCUACACGCAGCUGCUGCACGAGAUCAUCCGCAAGCGGGACGCCGCGCUGGAGGCGUCGCGGCUGGAGAGCCGCGUGCUCAGCCACACGCAGGAGACGGGCCGGCUGGCCUCGCGCUACCGGGACCUGGACCACAAGUACCAGCACCUGGCGGCCGUCGCCGCCAAGCAGAGCGCCCUGCUGCUGCAGCUGGAGGAGCGCUGCCGGCCGGGAGGGGGAGGAGCCCCGUACGGCGCGGCGGCGGACCGGAGCCGCCCCGCCCGCCCGCCGCCCCCGGCGAGCCUCCCUCAGCCUCCGGUGCAGAUGCCCCCGUUGUCCCCCGGAGGCUACAGACCCUUCCACCCGCCCACCGGCCGGCGCCACGCCAACAGCCACAUGUACAACGAGAUCCAGAACGACCAGAACGCCAAAGCGCCGCCGCUUCCCGUGGCCACGGCGCCGAGUGUGACGGGAGGCUUCACCGGCGAGCCCUCCGGUCCUUUCAAAGACUGCCUGGAGGCUCUGGAGGCUGGGUACAGCACCAACGGGAUGUACCUCCUGAAACCAGACCGCGGAAACCAGCUCAUGCAGGUCUGGUGCGACCAGACACACGACCCCGGCGGCUGGACCGUCAUCCAGAGACGUCAGGACGGCGCCGUGAACUUCUUUAGGAACUGGGAGACCUACAAGCAAGGGUUCGGAAACAUUGACGGCGAGUACUGGUUGGGCCUGGAGAACGUCUACUGGCUGACCAACCAGGGCACGUACAAGCUGCUGGUGUCUCUGGAGGACUGGACCGGACGCAAGACCUUCGCGGAGUACGCCAGCUUCCGCGUGGAGUCCGAGGCCGACUUCUACCGGCUGCGCGUGGGCCGAUACCACGGCAGCGCCGGGGACUCCCUCACCUGGCACAACGGGAAGCAGUUCACCACCCUGGACCGGGACCACGACGUCUACACGGGUAACUGCGCCCACUACCAGAAGGGAGGGUGGUGGUACAACGCCUGCGCUCACUGCAACCUGAACGGCGUGUGGUACCGCGGCGGGCACUACCGCAGCCGGUACCAGGACGGGGUCUACUGGGCCGAGUUCAGGGGAGGAGCUUAUUCUCUGAAGAAAGUGACCAUGAUGAUAAGGCCCAAUGAAAACACCGUCCAUUAACCCGGGACAGGCUUUACUGGACGUCACAGGGAUCCUGAUACAUAUCAAUACAAGCACAACUCCUGUUGGGCGCCCUCUACUCUCAACGUAUCUUCAACCUCCACAAGGACCCACGCUGGUCUCCUGAAAUCUUUAUUUUGAUUAAUUUUUCAGGUAUAUUGAUGGCUGGUACUUCCAAUGUAUUACAAAGGUUCUAUAUUAUCUCUGUAUAAUAUAUAUAUAUUGGAAUCAAUUCUACAGGAAAUAAAUCUGGUUAUUUAUUUUGAUGACACUUUUUAGGAAAGAUUGCUGUACAUUUGGAUUUGACAAUAGUUUAAAACACGGGUGAGAAGAGUAUGAAGUCCAGCAUGACUGGACUCUACAGCUACUUGUACCACGGAGUCCACUCUGCAUGAACUGAAGGGACCAGAAUGCACCAGAGUUCUUCAAAGUGCGAGGUGAAGUUAGUAUUUCCAGCACCGGAGCAGGACGCUCCCUUGGAGGAUCUUCUUGCUGCAUCCUGAUCCACCAUUAAAGGCACAUUACAAAUGUCCUGAAGAUAUUUUGAGCCACGACUUUAACGUUGUUAUACUCGGUGAGAUAUCCAUGUUUCAAAUGAUCAUAGCUUAGCAUAAAGUCUGGACACAGGGGGAAGCAGCUAGCAUGAUUCUCUCCAAAGUAAAAGUAAAAAAUACACCCACCAACACCUCUAGAGCUCAUCCAUUAUCUGGCUUCUUCUUCUUCGUUGUUCCUGGCUACCCCAUUAGUCUGUAGCCCUAGAGGCGAUGGGAGGUAUUUUCUUUUCCUUUGGUUAGAGGCCAGCUAGCGGUUUCCCCCUUUAUGCUAAGCUAGGCUAACCACCGCCUGACUCCAGCUCUGUACUUCUUGAACCAUCACUGCCACUGUACGUCACCAGUGCCAAAAUAACAAGCCCUGGGCGACUGCCGGUCACUCUUCCAAUCAGAGGAUCGGCGGUUCUUAUCCCCGCCCGAAUCGAUGUGUCCUUGAGCAAGACACUUGACCCUGAACUGCUCCCCGCGGUUGUGUCUACGGUGUAUGAAUGUAAGCAGCCAAAUGACAUGUAAACAUGUAAAGACCUGCCCCCACAUCUCUUGACAGAGGAAUUUAAGAAGUGUUUUGACUGUAAACGACAAGAUUUACAAAGAUAUAAAUACCAUUCUGUUUAAGCAGCUGCAGUACCUCGACCCACCAGAGGUGUCCUGGUCCGUGCACACAUCAGUCACGACAGUAUUUACCAGGUAUUCUGUGUAUAUAUAUGCGGUCUCAUUAAGAUUAUUUUGUUAUAGUCUGUAUCUUAUCAAACAUUUAAUAAACGUUGCACAACUCA